AUGGAUUCUGCUGCUGUUCCUUGUUUCGCCGCUAGAGGCGCCAUCAGCCGCACCUGUGGCUCUGCUCCUCCGCACACGGACUGCUUCAGACGGUUUCAGAUCCAAAGGGCCGAGUGCGUCCGUCAAAGGGACAGAGUGGAGCACAGGGACAGAGUGGAGCACAGGGACAGGGUGGAGCACAGGGACAGAGUGGAGCACAGGGACAGGGUGGAGCACAGGGACAGAGUGGAGCACAGGGACAGAGUGGAGCACAGGGACAGAGUGGAGCACAGGGACAGGGUGGAGCACAGGGACAGGGUGGAGCACAGGGACAGGGUGGAGCACAGGGACAGAGUGGAGCACAGGGACAGAGUGGAGCACAGGGACAGAGUGGAGCACAGGGACAGGGUGGAGCACAGGGACAGGGUGGAGCACAGGGACAGUGUGGAGCACAGGGACAGAGUGGAGCACAGGGACAGGGUGGAGCACAGGGACAGGGUGGAGCACAGGGACAGAGUGGAGCACAGGGACAGAGUGGAGCACAGGGACAGGGUGGAGCAGAGGGACAGGGUGGAGCACAGGGACAGGGUGGAGCACAGGGACAGGGUGGAGCACAGGGACAGGGUGGAGCACAGGGACAGAGUGGAGCACAGGGACAGGGUGGAGCACAGGGACAGGGUGGAGCACAGGGACAGUAAAGCUUCUUAA